AUGCAGCAGCCAGACUCGCCGUUCCAGACGGGCUCACCAUCCGCGUCGCCGUUUGCGGGAGCGCAGCACGCCUCGAUGGGUCAGGCGGACCGAACCGCGUUUGGGACAGCGGGCGCGCACUCGCCGAUGCCGCUGAGCGGAACCAACACGCCUGCGCCGCUCUCGGCGGGCAGUACGGGGUCAGGGAUGGCGGCGCACCAGGCGAGGGACACACCGGGAGUGGGCUUGUCGCCCGUCGAUCCCUUCGCGCAUCUUGUCGGAGGCAACUCGUUCGCGGGGGGCUCCAUUGCGGCUGAGAUGCAAGGGAACGGUAUGUUUGAUGGCAUGGGCGGCGCCAGGCUCGACAAGGGAAAGGGCGUUGCGCGCGAAACGAGCCUCGAGGGCGAGGGGGACGAGGAGGAGCGGCAGAAGAAGGUCGAGCGCGUCCUGAAGCGUGCCGAGGCGUCUAGGCUCGCGCGCAACUUCCGCAACCGCCUCGCUCUCGCUUCGUUCAAGACGCAGCGUGGAUGGCAGGACGUCAAGCUCGAUAUCAUCGAGCCUCACAUGCAGCAAGAGUCGCUGCGCCGCAAGCAGCAGAUGCAGAACACGCCAAUCGACCCGAGUUUGCAGCACCAGAUCGCGCAAGGUGUCGGUUCCUAUGGCCAGCCGCAAGCCUACGCGCCCGCCUAUUCACCUCCGACUAUCCAGCACCCUCCUCAUGGUCAUCGCCACGUCCCCGAGUACCAGCAGCACAUGGCCGGCGGCAUGGACGCCGUCCUCGACGCCAACGCAGGCGCAGGACCUUCGUCGCACCCGAACAAGCGUCCUCGUCUCGACGGCGUUGCAGGCGGCGGACGCCGCUCAGGCGAUUUGUACAGCGGCGACGCUGUCUACGCGCCGCAGCCUCAGCCGACCUACUCCUUCUCGCCUUACGCGACCGACAACGUCUACCAACCCAAACCUUCCUUGUCCGCCUCGCACUCGUCGACCUCGACGCCGCGCGGUCAACACGCGCAGGAGGGCCGAGCGUCCUCGUCGCGUCGCCGUGCAGGCCACGCCGAAGCCAAGUCUGCCUCUCCCGCCGUCUCUGCCUCGCCUCGAACCCGCACCCGCACUUCCUCUCGCCGCGGAUCACCCGCCAAGCAGCCUCUCUCGUCCAACGAUCCGACUUUCUCGUCUUUCGUCGACGCCGCGACCGCCUUGACUGGCAUGGCGAGGGCGCCUUCUGACCCGUCUGCUGGCAGCGGGAGCGACGAAGGCGGCAGCCAGCCUCACGCAAACGGCAGCGUCGACCCCUUCUCCGGCCACGCCCAGCACCCGCCUCCUCGUCCAUCAACGCCCGAACGGCAGGUCGUCAAACUGCCUGGCGCGCCCGGCGUCAACGGCAGCGGCGACGGAGCGGCCGAAGGCGCAGCCGAGCUCAUGCUCUACCUCGCCGCGUCGCCUUCGCCGGUACAGAGCCGCAAGACGGUGCCGAACACCACGAUGGGCGACGGGAUGAAAGGUCGCAGGCUGUUCUCGGGCGGAGACGGCGGCGCGAGUGCUGUCUUUGGAGGGGACCUGAACAGUCUUUCGACUGCAUCGUCGUCAGGGGCGCUCGAGGACCCGUUCUCGACACCGACUGAGCCGUCCAAGUCGACCUCCGCCGCAUCGCUCGGGAUCGGCGCACCCGGUACACCAGGUCGACAACGCCAGCCGAGCCUGAACGGCGGAUGGGAGAGCUUCAUCAAUGCGAGUCCGAGCCCGAAACGGUCGAGGCGGAGUGCGGCGGCGGCGAACAAGUACAUCUCGCAUGGGGCGGAGGAGGACUCGCCGCCUCAUGGGGGGACAGGAGGAGGAGGCGAAGCGCAAGCCGCUUGGUGA